AUGCGAGCAGCUACGUCUUUGUCGCGCCGUGUGCUGGUGCGUCAUGCCGCGUCCUUCAGCACCGCCAAAUCAUCAUCCUCAGGCCUUCACACUGCCGCGUAUGUGGCAGUAGGUGGCGCUGCGGCGGCUGUUAUGGCUGCCUACAAUGGCGUGGUGCCCCACGAAUGGGUCAUCCGGCAGCUGACCGAGCCCUUAAUGCCCGUGCUGCGGCUAUUCGAUCCAGAGACAUCCCACCAGAUUGCGGUACAAUGCGCACGCUUCGGUUUGACGCCUAAGGACCCGGAAGAAGACCCGGAACUGCUCCACGUUAAGGCGCUGGGUCUCCAGUUUACUAAUCCAUUGGGCAUGGCUGCUGGCUUUGACAAGGAUGGAGAGGCCAUGGAAGGCAUGCUAGACAUGGGUUUUGGCUGCGUUGAAAUUGGCAGCGUCACCCCGAAUCCACAACCAGGCAACCCCAAGCCCCGCGUCUUCAGGUUGCACGAGGAUAUGGGCGUGAUAAAUCGCUACGGGUUCAAUAGCAAGGGACUGGACUAUGUCGCUGCACGUCUCAAGCGUUACGUGGGCUCUCGUGCUAAACGCCAAGCACCAGGCAACGGCCAUCGUUCUGGGGUCCUUGGAGUCAACCUCGGCAAGAACAAGUUGACGGAGGACGCAGCCGCCGACUACGUAAAAGGUGUGCACACUCUCGGCAAAUAUGCCGACUACCUUGUGGUGAACGUAUCGUCCCCCAAUACACCAGGUCUACGUACACUGCAGGGUAGAAAUCAGCUAAAGAAUCUCCUUGUGCGUGUGAUUGAUGCCCGUGAUGAGGUUGCAACUACUGAAAAACGCAACAUCCCGCUCCUUUUGAAGAUCGCGCCUGACCUCACGGAGGACGAUAAGCAAGAUAUCGCUGACGUGGCACUUGAACUCAACCUAGACGGCCUUGUGGUGUCCAAUACGACGCUAAGUCGACCAGAUUUCCUUAAGGAUGCUGCAAAGGCCGAGACGGGCGGGUUGAGCGGCCUGCCAGUACGUGACUUAUCUACUAAGGUCCUAAGCGAUAUGUACAGGUUGACCAAAGGAAGGAUCCCGCUUGUUGGUGUGGGGGGUGUCUCUACUGGUCAGGAUGCGUACGACAAGAUUCGUGCUGGAGCCUCGCUCGUGCAAAUGUACUCGUGCCUGAUCUACGAGAGUCCUUUGGCUGUGCCACGUGCUAAGAAGGAGUUGGCUAUGCUGCUACGCCGUGAUGGCUACGAGAGCGUGCUUGACGCUAUUGGUGCUUCCCAUAAGUAG